AUGGACCAUCCAGAACCGAUCAGCAAACCACGUCAAAUGGAAAUUCCACAAUGCCGUAAAGGUUUCACAUUGGUCGAGGCGCGCGCCUUUGUCGAUGAUGUAAUGGCUACUUUCCACAGCCUUGAGGAUAUGUCUGAUUUGCGUAUGAUGUAUGAGACAGGAAAGCAACUUAGCCGAGCUUACUUUGAUUGCCACCAGUAUCGGGCUGAAUUGGCACAGCAUCUGACUGCACUUGAUUAUCCUGCUUUUGCAUCAAAAAUGAUGAAAAAGCUCAAUAACAUGGGCGUUUUUAAGAACGAUGAUAUCUGGUUCUCUUCUUUUUAUUUCUAUAACACAACUUGGAAUUUCUCUGAUACCUGGCCCGAAUUGGCGACUGCAUUGGCUGUCGCAGGUCUGCCAAAUUUGCUCAAUCUUAACAUUGGGCAUCAGCCUUAUCUGGAGAACCUGUCUAGCAAAAAUGUCUAUUAUCUCAUUAAGGCCAGCCUUUCCAUAAUUCACAAUAUAGCCCGUGUUCCUGGCAAUACACACCAUUUUGCUGCUGAUUCAGUCAAACAGGCUUUACUUCAUCUCUCUCAGAGGGAGGAGGAUUUCUUGCGCUGUGUCUCCAUCCUCUGUCUAGCCUACAUUGUUGGUGAGACUGAGACAAGUCUUUUGACUGUAAUUCCUUCUCAUCCACUAGUAAGCACCGGUACUCUGGACAGUCUGCACUUAUUACUGGGCUACAUAAUCACUGCUCGAAUAUCCGACAAGCGUCGUUGUCAUGGUUUUCAAGUGGCCGAGCUUUUGGCCGCUCUGGCUUCACUUUCCACCAAUGAUAGCAUCAAAACCAGCCUGUUAAUUGCUACCAUCAGCAAGGUUGGCUUUCCGGGUAUACGUGAAAUCCCAAAUACCAACUAUAUUAGUGUACUCAAGGAAAUCAUCGAGGUAUACGUGAGCACCCAGAUUGCUACGGGUGGGCAAAGCGGACGCACGAACGCUAUUUCUGCAAGUCCGGUUUUGACAGCUCGUGAGGCUGAGGAGGCGAUUCGUGUCGUCUGGAGUUUGGUGCUCGAUCCUGGGCUUAACUCUAACGGCUUGUUAGGCCAGCUGGGUCCUGGAUGGCCUGCAGAGUUGCUUGAAAGUCUCGAGGAGACAGCAGUAGCCAACCAGCGCGUUGGUAUGAUACGUGCUCUCCAACUGAUUGCUCACCGAUUAACGACUGCAGCUGGUCAAACGACUCGGCAUCCUGAGGUAAAGAAGCCCACUGAAUCGGGCUAUAUCCUUGUCAGCUAUGCUUCCGCCCACGAGACGGCUGCCCUUAAGAUUUAUGACCGUCUACUUGCAGCCAACCUCCCCGUUUAUAUGCCAAGGCAUGCCAGUUCAUUUGCAGUGCCAAUUAGUGCUGCCGAUGCUGCAGCCUUUGGUCUUAGUGCGUUGUCUGCGAACUCGUCUAGCCAGACGGCUUACCUCGACCUUGUUCGUCGUGCUGGAGUCGUUGUUGUCUGUGUCGGAGAGGCUUAUCGUCUUAGUCCUGGUUGCCGAUUCGAACUCGAUCUAGUGACCUCGGCUGGUCUCACGGGGGAUCGUCAAUCGCGAACAGUGAUCCCAGUCGUGCUUCAGGCUAAGUAUCGGCCCACAGGUUGGCUGGCUACUGCACUUCCCGGUCGUCCAAUGAUUGACCUAAGCGGUCGACGUGAUCCAGAGCCCAGCUACGAGGCAUUACUUAGUCAAUUGGCCGAAAUAUGCGCUGAUGCCCAACGCCAUCUUGGGCCACUGGAAACUAUCGCAUCGGCAGUUGCCGCGCAAGCGUCUGCUGUGGUUGCCUCAACCACUUCUUCUGUUGCUCAGCCCGGGAUCCGGGUGGCCGGGAUUGGCGGCGACACAAUCGAUGGCCAUUUAGAGGCACACACAGGCCAAGUCAACCACACUGGGGUUCCAGAUGCUAGACUAAGUCACAUUUGUGGUAAUCUUGCUGGUCUCUCAAUCGGCGCAGCUGGGGCCGCGAUUGCAGGUACUGGCAGUGGGCCCGCAAGUUUAGCCCGCGACCACAGUUUGCCUCCCAUACCGGCCAUGGAUCUUAAAGCUGCUGCGGCUGCCUACAACCUGCCGGCCAUGCUAAGUCUACCGAUAAGUCAGCGUUGUCUUGCAGUGGCUGCUUGGCGCCGGGCUGUACGACCUGAAGUUCGCGCUUGGUCCACCUCAAAGACCGCCGCUUGGUUUAAGUUCAGGGGUCUUUCUCAGAUUACAUCCCAAACGUCUGGAGGCAUUGAUGGCAUCCUUCUAUCUCAACUUGCUGGCCUGCGACUAUGGGCACCAGAGUUUUUCGCGCAUUCCCUGCGUACCGAACUUGGUCUCUCGUUCACCGAUUCACUUCGUCUCCUGGAGGCGCUUGAUGAACUUGUCCCUGAGGAUCACGAGACAGGCAAGUUAGAAGACCAUGAUGACAUGGAUGCACACUCACACGCUAGUGGAUUGGAGGCAGGACACACCUAA